UUGAGUCAGUUCGCCGGAGCUCUGCCGACUGGAGGGAUGUGACCCCGGAACAGGACGCCCUCCUACAACAACACACCAUUCAAACAGAGCAUAGAAGAAAGAAAAGCUGGACCAGGAGGGAGCCACAGGAGCAGGGGGGAUGAACCGUGAGGAGGCCCCGGGGAAGUCUCCUGAAGACAUGUACAUCCAACAGAAAGUGCGGGUCCUGCUCAUGCUAAAGAAAAUGGGAUCAAAUCUCACGCCCACUGAAGAGGCUUUUCUCCGGAAUUACGCAGGUGUGGUCCACAGUCAGAUGAGCCAGCUACCACAGCACAACAUAGACCAGGGUGCAGAGGACGUGGUGAUGGCGUUCUCACGGUCAGAGACGGAGGAUCGGCGACAGUGACCCUGGGCCCCCCCAUUCCGCCCCACUGCAUCCCUCCCAGCCCCCAUCCCGCCCCGCACGUGAUCCACAACAACCCAAACUCCACAAACACGACACUGAUGAGCUCAGGAGAGGAGGGGCACCCGGGAGGGACAGAAGAGGAGGGGAAGAGACGCCAAGAGGUGGCUGCCUCGAUCUCUCCCCCCCAGCCUCCUCCAUCCCCGACUCCUCCUCAUACAAGCUGGCACACCGUAACCUGAGAUGCACUCAAGUGCUUCACUGUGGGUUGAAGCCUCUGCAACAAGGCAGUCAGUGAAAACACUCACAGAUUGUGUGGAUGAAUAUCAAAUGUAUUUUUUUGUGGGUGGGUUGGUUUUGUUUUGUAUUAUGUUGUUUGUGUUGAGACUUUAGGCAGUGUUACAUGUUAUAUCUGCUGUGGUCACCGGAGGAAGUGACCGGUCAGCAACUGAUUGAAGCAAAGAGAAAUAUAGUUUUGGUCAAGCAGCGAGUUUGAGGACUGGUCGUGUUAGGGGAGAGAUUUUUAAUUAUUUCUGCUUACCCUAAUGGGGUUCAAAUUGUUUUUGAUUUAGCUAUUGUGUUUUAAAGGCUUUUGUAUUCUGUCACACAAAGCGGCCUCAUUUAUAAACAUUUUGUGUGAAAAAUGGGAACGCCAUCUCCAACGCAGCUGUUUCUUACGAAUCUACUGGAACCUGCAAUGUAUGAAAGGCACACUAUGCAGGUCAUCCUUUAAAAAAAUCAACUAGACUAGACUCAAACAAAAAAAUCAUUUCAAUUAUCACUAGAAGUGCGUGGCGGUGUCUGUAUCUGCAGAGACUCUGCCCUCUAUCUCUAUUUUCUCUUUUUUUUUUCAUUAAGCUGUGUUCAGGACAUUUCUGGGUGUAACCCUUUGGUCAUGAGGCUACAAUUAUAGCAAACAAGGCGCCAUAAAAUCUCAAAUAUAGCCAGUAGACAAAGCAUGUUCCAAAAUGAAGAUGAAGCUGAAGUUUUACUUUCACUUUUGUUGAGUCUGGAAGGAGGGGCAGAGUUUAAUGUUGUGCUUACAAACAGAUAGCAACAAUUCCUGCAUAGUAUGCCUUUAAUUACUCUUCUCAGACAAUUAAUUUAACUUUAAUUAGCUUGCGGCAGUAAGUCAGUUGUGGAACCCAGACACUCAUCAAGUGCAGUGACCUCUGGCUCUUUUUCUUUACCAACUUGCAGCUACAACAUAGUUAUUUGGAAUCAAGCUUUAUAUUAAAAAAAAAAAUACAAAAAGAAUCAUUUGAGUUUUCGAUCACGCUGCGUGUCUCUUGUAAAGAAUCCUGCUAAUUGUCUAUCAGUAAACACACAAAACUGUGUGGUUUUUAGUUCGGUUACUCUGGCUCAUUUUCCCCUUGGUGCAGUUCGUUUGAGCAGGUGUGAACAAAGUAAUAACACUCAGGUGCAGACAUAAACAACCGCAUCUGAUCUUGGUCCAGUCCAAACAAACUUAGUUUGUGGUGGGAAAGUGAUCAAACCUCAGUCUGACCCACUACCAGCUGUACUUUGCAAGUUUGAGCUAAAUGGCUCCUCUAUCCAUGUGUGCUUAGCAUUCUGGGGAACCCAGUCAGCUUAAGUAGGAGCCGUAGUAGGUUGACGAAGAAUGAACCAAGCACGUCUUUCUUGCAAAUUUUGAAGCAGUAUAGUAUUUCAAAACAUUUUCUCAAAGUGCGUUCUGCAUUCUUCUGGUAUGUUUUGCAUGGCCAAGAUUACAAACUCAUCACUGAUUCAGCCCAGAGCAAAUGAACUGUUGGUGCGAAAAUGUCCGAACGGACGCAUAAGCCAAAUCCUCUUUGGUGAUUUGCAGUCUGACCUUUUGUCCACGUACAAAUAUUAGAAUGACAUGCUGAUUGAUGUGCAUAUUAACACUCUCAACAUGCCUGUCGUUAAUCAUUCAUGUUUAAUUACCGGAGUUAACAGGGCAGAAUGACGAGGCCAGUGACGUGAUCGAUGUGUAAAUGAAAAACUGCAUUAAGGUGAGGCGACAUUUUCUGCUCAAUGAAUGAAAUGCACACACUUUCAUAAAUGAGGCCCCUUUUGUUCUUCUGCUGCUUUAUUUUGAACCAUAGGCUGUUGAGAGUGCAACAAUGCUUUUCUCCUAAAGGGAAAGCAAAAGAAUUAAAGACACUAGCAGACAUAAUCACAUGAAACACAGAUGUACACAUCCUCCCCAAACAAACACUGGUUUUGGGUUAUUGUGAACCUUUUUUUUAUUGUACAGAUAGUUGGAAAAAUACAAUAAUGAAUUGAUUGUGCCAAUUGUAUUUUUUGUUGUUUUUUUAUCUGUAAGAUAAAAUUAACAUAAUGAUUUAAGAAAAUUGAUAAGAGACGAGCUGUUGUUGUAAUUUAUUGUUUAUUGAAUUGACUUCCUCGAACACAUUGUUAAAGAUGGAGAACCAGUAGAUAGUUUACUGUCAUCAGCAGAGCCUCUUUGUUCACACUAAAAUCACACAAACUCUAAUUUUUAACUACCUGUAGCUAAACACGUGAAGCCAAACAUAAGAGCUGUGUGCUAUUUCUGACUGUACUGUAUCUCUUGCACUAUUAUCAAUGGGAUAUUUGCAAAAAAUACAUUUUGAUAUUUAGGGCAGAGAUUCUAUGUUUGGUUCAGCGGAUAAAAAAAAAACUUUGUAAUCAUGUUUUUAUUCCUUCAAAAAAAAAUCUGUGUUAAUUGACUCAACUGGAAUAGCUCAACGGAAUAUUUGUUAACAAUCGACAUGUUUUUCUAGUGACAUGCUCAAUAUUUAAUGUGUUUUAAGUACAGUUUGUUAACUUGUAUAACUUAAAAAUAAUUGUAACGUAAUGUUUUGAAGCCAAGCAUGUCUUCCUCGUGGUUUAUAAUGUUCAUUCAAGUGGAGCCGAGGAUCUUUGAAGCCUUGGCACGUUGACCAUUGUUUGUACAUUCUUGACGUUUGUGGAAGCUACUAGCUCUUUUAAAAUGUUUCAGAAAAAAAAAAAAUCUUUUUUUUUGUAUGGGUAAAGUGUUAUCCAUUUUUUGUUGUUGGCAAUAACUUCUAUUUGAAUGUCCUCAGCAAUCAUCAGAUCUAUCAUGCUGUCGCCUAUGACAAAGACAUUUGUCUUUUUAUGUUUACUUUUGUUUUAAAACAUUCUUUAUUUGUCUAUGCA